CAGAGUGAUAUCCAGGUCCUACCACUGAUGCAGUCGGCGCGGUGUGCGUGAUUAUCAUUAGCUAGCUUGUGUAUUUUAUACUGAUUGAAUCUUAGUAGAAAUUAAAUAUAUACAGACGCCAGAGUUAAAAAAAACUGUCGCUCUUGAACAGUUAAAAUGGCCACUAGUGCUAAGAAGCCGUCCUUAGGGGCCGUGGCCCAGCGGAAGAAGACCAGCCCCAAGCCAGAGCUCACGGAAGAGCUGCGGCAGGAGGUCCGAGAGGCCUUUGAGCUCUUCGACACCGACGGCUCCGGGCACAUUGACGUUAAGGAACUCAAGGUUGCCAUGCGAGCCCUGGGGUUCGAGCCUAAGAAAGAAGAGAUAAAGAGAAUGAUCAGCGAGGUUGAUAAGGAUGGCACUGGGAAGAUUGACUUCAAUGACUUCCUGACUGUUAUGACGCAGAAAAUGGCAGAGAAGGACUCCAAGGAGGAGAUCCUCAAAGCAUUCCGCCUCUUUGACGAUGACGAGACGGGAAAGAUCUCUUUCCGAAACCUGAAGCGGGUGGCCAAGGAGCUGGGGGAGAACCUCACAGACGAGGAGCUACAGGAGAUGAUUGAGGAGGCAGACAGAGACGGAGAUGGGGAGGUGAGCCAGCAGGAGUUCCUACGCAUUAUGAAGAAGACCAGCCUGUACUGAGGGCUGGGCUGGGUGUCAGUGGAUUGGAGGGGGCUCUCCUGAUGACUCUACAUACCCACUCUUCUGUAGGCCAAAUAACAAUUGUUUUCACUACAUCCCACCAAGUCUGUUCAUGGACAGUUACAGUCCAUGGUUCUGCUAUAAAGGUCUGAUGCUAUCAUUGCUUCCCCUGUACAAAUGAUUACUUCAUGUGGCACAGCUGAGUGAUUGCUGAGUAUGGGACUGCAACAAAAACCAAAUCAAGUUAACUCUGAGAUUCACUUCAGCACUGCCAGUUUAGAGGGCAACUUGAGAUUAAUAGUUUAAAUGUUCUAUGAGAUUUGAGGCUUCAGCAGUGCUGUCAAGAUUGUGCUAGACUGAGUUUGAAUGCCUGUUAUGGUAAAUGGAGAAUGUAUGAUGAUUUUAUCACCAGACAUAUAUAAACAAACAUGCAUGUGCUGAUAGAAGCUGACUGUUUGAUGUGCCAAAACAGAAGCCAUUCUAUCUUCAAAAACAUCUCAAAACAGUAUUCUGUUGCCGCCUCCACAGUAAUUCCAAAAUAAUUCUGGUCAUUCCAUGUCUUUGAGAACAUGCUCUGGGGUUGUGCCAAAGGGUAUAUCCACCUCUUCGAGGUGACUGGUUAAGAGUGCAGUUAAACCAAACAGUCAUUUGUGCCCAUUUUAGUGGCCAGGCUCAGCCCAUAAGGAGUACCAGCAACUGACGGUUUCUUAAAAUUAUAUCACACCGUACACAUAAAGCAGUUUGCAGCAUGUUUUUCAUCGUGAACACAGCUCUAGUCUUUGUGCCUGAGUCUCAGUAAAGUGGGCUGUGCUGGAGUCAGAGAUGGCCCUCACCUCUUCACCCUCCUGAAGCCCUCUGCUGCUGUUGACUGUAGCUGAAGUGAUCCUGUGACCAGUUUUCAAGCCAGUAUUUUUUGUCUCUUUGUAUAUCUUUGCUCCUGGAUGUUUGUUGGAUGUUUUGUACAAAUGGAUUGCAUAUAAAUUCUAUUUAAAUAUCAAAGUAUUGAAUAAAUGAUUAUUAAGCUUC